AUGAACAUGUCGCGUCAACGCAAAGUUCACAGCCAUUCCCCACCGAAUCAACCCCCUGCGCUGAGCCCGAUGGACGCGUUGAUCGACAACAACCAAGGCUCGUCCGUAGCUCUCGAAGCAUCUAGGUCUCGACUGGAGGCCUCCAAACGCGCCACACGUCCUACUCCAUUGCAGAGAAUUGAGCAACUCACCGGGGAGAAGACAGCACUACAAAAAGAGCUCGCGAAAUGUCAGAGGCAGGAGAGCGCCAACCGGGCCUUUAAAGAAGAGAUGAGGCGGGUUUUAGACCGACUUCAGCAGGCGGUAUUUGAGUGGAGAAGAGCCCAGAAGGAGAUUGGUGACGAUUUCGACACGACUUUGGAGCAACGCGCGGACACGGCCAGCAUUAAGGUUGGCUUCCAGAGCCGUGACGUUUGA